GAUCCUAAUCUAUCUUUCAGUUGACAGAGCCCUGAGGGGAACAGGUGCCCCAAAGAGUGCCACGAUGCAGCCGUGGCUCUGGCUGGUCUUCAGUAUGAAGCUGGCAGCUCUCUGGAGCAGCUCUGCCCUCAUUCAGACCCCUCCAUUCCUGCUGGUUCAAACCAACGGUACCGCAAAAAUCUCCUGUGAGAUUAAAAGCAACUCUAAGUCAGCAGUCAUCUACUGGCUGAGAGAGCACCAGGACCCUACCAAGGGCAAGCACUUUGAAUUCCUGGCCUCCUGGAGUUCUUCUAAAGGAGUUACGUAUGGUGAAAGGGAGAAGAAGAAUAUAAUUCCGUCAACCGGGCCCUCUCUCAGUAUCAUGAAUGUGAAACCAGAGGACAGUGACUUCUACUUCUGUGCGACAGUUGGGAGCCCCAAGAUGGUCUUUGGGAGUGGGACAAACCUGACUGUGGUUGAUGUCCUUCCCACAACUGCCCCAAUCAAGAAGACUACCCCAAAGAUGAAAAAGAAACAAUGCCCACUCCCCAAACCAAAGACCCAGAAGGGCCUGACAUGUAGCCUCAUUACCCUCAGCCUGCUGGUAGCCUGCAUCCUGGUUCUGCUGGUAUCCCUUGGUGUGGCUGUCCACUUUCACUGUGUGCGGAGGAGAGCCCGAAUUCACUUCAUGAAACAGUUUCACAAAUGAUCAGCACCCACAACACCGAUAGCCUGUUACAAAGGACUGUGGCUCAAUAAAAACCAAGACCUGGACUCCUGAGAGACGGCACAUCCAGCGAUGGAGAGGCUACCCCCUUGCUAAAGCUGCCUGCUUUGAACUGCUGCAAGUUCUGUGUGUGGCCAGACAUGAGACUCACAGAGAAGGCCCCAGAAUCCAGGCUCACUCACAGAGUGUGCUGAAGAACCAAGAAAUCCCACCACGACACCAUGUACCCUUCUUGGACUGGACCUUGGAUGGUGGCCUUCUAGCCACUUUGUCAGUUACUCGGUAGGGCAGCAUUAUUGUUUCUUUGGCAUCUCGUGGGAGAGAGCUAGGGGAGCAGCCUUGGAGAAGACAGCACAUCCUCACACAGAGAAGCCACCUCAUGAAUAAGGUUUCCUGCAAACAGCCAUCUUACUCUCUCAGGCCUUGCGUUGGAGUUGAGAAGCUGUUGCUCAGGAGACAGACUUCUAUUUCAUCUAGUAGGAUGUUUCUUAAGCUUCACUUCUCUCUUGUGGCAGAUAUAUUUCUUCUCUCACUCCCUGCCCUUUCUAUGAAAAUGUCUUGGCUAUAAAAAUAAAGUCUUGUGUUAAAGACACA